AUGACGGGCUCUUUGGGGGCACUCAGCCAAGCAGUCUUCGGGGGUUACGCCGCUACUUCUACCAACGGAGGACACGAUGAGCGAGCCACCGGGAAUAUACAGGACUUUAGUUCUGUCGCUAUCGACGAGGCUGCUUCGCUGGGGAAGGCUGCGACGAAGAUAUUCUACAGACAAUCUCAAAAAUAUGCUUAUUGGAACGGAUGCUCGACUAGAGGUCGUCAGGGGCACAUGUUGGCGCAGCGGUAUCCAACUAAGUACGACAAUAUCCUAGCAGGUUCACCUGCUAUCAACUAG